AUGGUGUUCGACGUUAUUGUUGUCGGCGCAGGAAUCUGGGGCGCUGCGUCAGUAGACGCAUGCAAAAACGCCGGCCGAUCCGUGCUUUGGGUCUACGAUGACGACGACGUAGAACGUCCAACUGCAGCGUCGGUCGACCUUGCCAGAAUUGUCCGUGCGGAGUAUUCCGACCCAGCGUAUCGAAUGUUAGCGAAAGGGUGUCUCGAGGCAUUCAAGACGGAACCCCGGUACUCGAUGUAUUUCCAUCAAUCUGGCUGG